AUGCUGCGGAGAAUCGAGGCGCACCUCGACCGGCUCAUGGAGCUCAUGCGGCCGACGGCCUUCGUGUACUUCGCCCUCGACGGCGUGGCGCCGCGGGCGAAGAUGAACCAGCAGCGCACGCGGCGCUACGUCGCCGCGCAGGAGCGCGCCGAGGCCGCGGCCGCGGAGGACGCGCUCCGCGACGAGCUCGCCGCGACGGGCCAGCCCGCGCCGGAGAAGAAGGCGGCCAAGUGGGACCACAACGUCAUCACGCCGGGCACGGAGUUCAUGCGCAAGCUCGCGGACUUCCUGCGGGCCUACUGCGCGCGGCGCGCGCGGAGCCACCCGCGGUGGAAACACAUCUCGUUUUUGCUCAGCGACGCGACGGUGCCCGGCGAGGGCGAGCACAAGAUCAUCUCCUACGUGCGCGCGCUGCGGCAGCAGGAGGGCUACGACCCGGCGACGCAGCACUGCAUCGUCGGCGAGGACGCGGACCUGAUCAUGCUGAGCCUCGCGCUGCACGAGGAGAACUUUCUCGUCCUGCGGAAGCGGAUGAAGUGGGAGGCGCCGGAGUGCGAC